GGCUAUACCUGCGUGGAUUAAUAAUAAGAUUGCAUAUCUGCCGCGCUUCAUGGAAAAUCAGUUGGUUUGGUGGAUGCAGGCCGUGUCGCCUUUCUCACUGGAUGAGCUGGAGAUCGCCAGCCAUUUGGCCAAAGGUAUCCUGAGUAUUCCCGCGCUCUUGGUCCACGGCACCACCGACGCUAUCGUCCCCUACACCGAAGGAGUAUCCAACUACGACUCACUGUACCACUCCAGACACCCACACACAAACAACACGCCGCCUAUAGAUGGACCCACACACCACAACGACAGCCAUAUACCCUGGACACGAAGCCAGGAGAGGGCUGGGCAUCUAAGUACAAGUGCGCAGCAGAGACGUCUGGUAGAGCGAGAUGGGCCGGUGAUGGAUGUGGACGCCCGCAGUCGCGCUAUAGAUCGAGGAAAAAGGGUGCUGUCGAUGACUCGCGCGCAACUGCAGCGUGCGUUAGUGGAUGUGGAGGGUGCGCGGGUGAACAGGAGAAGAGGUGUAGAUCUCGAUGGUUCUCAUGGUAUCGAGCGCGGUGGUGUAGAGGUACGUGGACGGGGUGCGGAUAAGUGGCAGCGCGCGCAAAGGGCGCGUGCAUCGAUAGGUAUUGAAAACUUGCGGGUGGAUAGAAAGAGAGAUGGAGAUGUACAACGCAUUGGUUACCAUGGCAACGAUAACAAGGGCGUUAGAGAAGGUGAAGUAAUCCCACGGAGUAUGGGACACACAAUUAAUCGCCGGCGAAAUGAACUCAAAGGCACUCAUGCACAUGACCGUGCACGCAUACGGCGCGAAGACAGUCGGUCGGCUGAGGUGGGGCUGAAAGGGUCAAAACAACUACGGCUCCUGUUUUGGACCCACGUGUACGGUCAUGUGCGUGCGUAUCUCGACUCGGAGUAUCAGAUCACCCUGGUCAGGUUUAUGGAGGCCUUUGUAUAA